CUCUUCUCUUCAUAUCUACUCUUCAAGUACUUACUGUUCCUUGUCUCUUGAGCUUCACUUCAAGCCCCCACAGAUCUCUCUGCCUCCAAAGCCCAGAUCACUUCCAACCAGAUAACCAUGCAAGAAGCAAAUUUGGCAAAUCCUACCCUUCCUCCCAGUGCUCAGCUUGUUGGCAAUGCCUUUGUGGAGCAAUAUUACCAGGUCCUUCACCACUCACCAGAAUUGGUGUAUAAGUUUUAUCAAGAUUCAAGCGCUUUAAGCAGGACAGAUAUCAAUGGCAACAUGACAACAGUCAAGACGAUGGAUGCAAUAAGGAUAAAGAUUAAAUCCUUAAAUUACGAAGAGUAUACAGCGGAAAUAAAGACUGCAGAUGCUCAGGAAUCUUUUGAGAAAGGGGUCAUUGUUUUAGUGACUGGAUGCUUGACUGGAAAAGACAACGUGGGAAGGAAAUUCACCCAAACGUUCUUCCUAGCUCCACAGGAAAAUGGGUACUAUGUCUUAAAUGAUGUUUUUAGGUAUAUCGAGGACAAUGAAUCAUCGCAGACAAAUAGUGUCCCAGUUAACACCGUUGAUGAAAGUGCUCCAGUAGCUGCCUCAAUUGCAGAACCAGAACCUACUCAAGCUCCUGAGCCUCUUGUGGUGGAGGAACCUGCAACUUUUGUUGAUGAGGAUCCCAAUAAUGGUCCUGAAGUUGUUGAUCCUUCAGAUAUAGAGGAAGGAUCAGUUAUCGAAGAUGAGGUUGUGAUAGAGGAGCCCCCGAUUGAGUCAAUUCAGAGUAGAGAUCUUCCAGAAGUUGAUCCAAUCCCUGAAACCCAGGAGGAUGCUCCGAAGAAAUCAUAUGCAUCGAUUGUAAAGGUAAUGAAAAGUAGUGUCACAUCCAGUCCUGUCCGUGUUGCCCGACCGAGGACAGUAUCUGCAAACACUGACCAUCCAUCCGUUGGCUCUGCAAAACCUUCUCCUGCACCAGAAGCAUCAGCUCCUAGUGGCGAUGCUGCUCCAGAAAGUAGCAAUGCACAUGAGGAAGCUGAAGGUCACUCCAUACAUGUAAGGAAUUUGCCGUAUGAUGCGACUGUCGAACAACUUGAGAAGGAGUUUAAGAAAUUUGGGUCUAUUAAGCGGGACGGGAUCCAAGUCAGAAGUAGUAAGCAAGGAUUCUGUUUUGGCUUUGUUGAAUUUGAAAGCGUGAGUUCCAUGCAAAAUGCGCUUGAGGCUUCACCUAUCAUGAUCGGCGAUCGUCAAGCGGUGAUUGAGGAAAAGAGAACCACAACCCGAGUUAGCAAUGGUGGAAGAGGAAGGUUUUCUUCAGGAAGAGCUGGCUUCCGAAGUGACUCUUUCAGGGGUGGUCGUGCAAACUAUGGUGGUGGUGGUAGCCGUAGUUUUGGCAGGAAUGAAUUCAGAAACCAGGGUGAGUUUCAACGAUCCAAGUCCUCGGCUGGACGCAAUGGCGAGGGUUAUCAGCGUGUUAAUCCAAAUGGCAGGGGUGGUGGUCGCCAAGGAGCAGCAAACAACCGCAGUUCUGUUCCUACUUGAAUGCAUGUGAAAGAAACUGGAUAGAAGAUUUUUUUGACACAACCAGAGGGGGUCACAUUUUUCUUUCCUUUCCUUCAAUUGCUUUUUUUUGUUGGAUAAAAGCAGUGGUAUUGUGCCAUUAGAAAUUUAGGUUUUUUUUUUGGUAUUAUAAUUACAGGAGAUUCUGUAAGAUUAUGUAUUUUUAACCCCUGUUCUCUCUUAGCUUAAUCUUAUAGAGCUAUGGGCAUGAAAAAUUCGUGUUUGUUUAAUGUAUUUCAUCCAUAAAAAUCAUGUAUUGACGUAUUCUGAUGAUUAAGAUCGAGAACUUCCUUCCAUUUUCUGAU